AUGGGCGAUUUGCUCGACAUGGUUGGCUGUGAUCCUAGAAUCCAGUCAGCUCGCGAAGCUAUCUUCAGCGGGAGUGAGGAAGACAUCCGCGCAACUAGCUUCCACUUAUCGGGCCUCACGACAAUUGGACCCAAACUCGAUGCUAUCCGCGCCCAGAAACUCGACAUACUCAAAACACUCCUAGAGAUGGACCGAACGAUUACGGAGGAUCUUGUAGCCGCCGCUUGCGAGCAGAAGGACCGGGAAUGUGUUCGUAUGCUGCUCGACUUCGGAUGGCCUAUUGACAAGCGUAUCUAUCACGCAGCAUCUCUUCUUUGGUAUGCCCGGUUGGACGGAUGCGUUUCUGCGCGCUAAUUCUUUGUAGGUAUGCUACAGACGACAAGGACUUCAUGUCAUGGCUUAUCAGCAUGGGGGCGGAUAUUAAUGUUCGCUGUCAACUGGGCCAGCCAGUGCUGGCAAGGGCCAUCGUAUGCGGCGACAUUGACGUAGUUCAUCUUCUCUUUGAGAACCAGGCAGAAGUCAAGCAUGGAGACCUUCUCCACUGUGCCGCGGAGAGGGAACAUCACGACGAAGGCGCUGGAAUUGCUAAAGCACUCGUACAGCGAGGAGUUGGCGUCAACACAUUUCGGUACGACAACCCGGUUGCAAUGCCGCUACGCGCCAUGCACAGGCUUCCGACACCACUACAUGUAGCGUGUCGCAAGCAGAACCUUCCGGUUGCGCAGGUCCUCGUACAGAACGGAGCAGACGCAUACAUGCAGAUGCGUGAGGCAGGCAACUCCUGUCCUCCUAGUGCUCUUGAAAUCGCACGCACUAAGGGCAAUCGGGAACUUAUUAACUUACUUCUCGGUAAUACCUAG